AUGAAUAAAAGGAUUGCUUCGAAAAAUAAACACGCCAGAAAUCUGCAAAAUAAUUUACCACAAAGCAAGCUACCGAAAGCAGAGCCGUUAAUUUGCCUAGAAAACCCAGGAUAUUUCAAGGAGGUUCGUGAAGAAAUACAGUCGAUAUUUUUGCGAGAUCCAGUUUUGACACUCCAGGAUCUUUUACCAUGCAAAUUUAAACCAGAAUUUUAA